AUGGCUCCCUCCAUUGCUCCGCCGGCGCCUCCCGCCAGCACCUUCGAUCUCUCCGAGGCCCUGCUGCUGCCUAAUAACAUCCCCUUGGGCCAGUACUUAUUCUUAAGAAUUGCCCAGGCUAACCCUAAGCUCCGUACCGUGUUCGGCAUCCCCGGUGACUUCAAUUUGAACUUAUUGGAGCACUUAUACCUGAAACCGGUCGCUGAAGAUGCCGGCCUUCGCAUCGCUAAUUUGUGCAACGAAUUGAACGCUGCUUAUACUGCUGACGGCUACGCCCGUGCCAUUGAUGGCCUUGCUGUUCUCAUUACCACUUUCGGCGUGGGUGAAUUGCUGGCGUGCAACGGUGUUGCUGGGUCGUUCACCGAGUACCUGCCAGUGCUCCACAUCGUCGGUACUACCCUGACGAGACAACAGCUGUUACAAGAUGACCAGCCCAUCAUCAACCACCACCACUUGCUUCAAAAUAAAGACCCCCUCAAACAACCGGACCACGACGUCUACCGCAAGAUGGCCGACCAUAUUUGUGUCGUUAACGAAAAGUUGGCCAUUUCCGAUGUCAACCUGGGAGACAUCUACGGUAAGAUCGAUAAAGUGUUGCGUACCAUUCUCCAGCAACGCCGUCCGGGCUACUUAUUCGUCCCCUCGGAUAUCCCUGACAUGAUGGUCGAUGCCCGGAUGUUGGACCGUCCUUUCAUUGUCGACGACGAACCGGCGAUGCCAGUGAUGGACGACGUGGUGUCUGUGAUACUCCGCAAGUUGUACGCCGCCAAACUGCCGGCGGUGCUCUCCGACGCCCUCACCGCUCGCUUUGGCCACACCGCCACCGUCCAGGCGUUUGUCGACAAGUUGCCGGCCAACUUGCGACUUUUCAGCACCAACUUGGCCCGCAACAUCGACGAGACUAAGGAUAACUUUGUCGGGUGCUACUACGGGGUGGGGCUGCCCUCGCCUCAAAUCAACUGGGAGUUGGAACACAACACCGACUUCCUCUUACAUCUUGGUAUUUUCAACGCCGAGACCAACACUGCUGGCUACCUGAUGGACUUCAGCAACAUCCAGGAUAAAGUGAUCAUCCACCCGGACUACUUAGUGCUUGAUGGCUGGACCCACUCUCUCAUUAAGGGUGGCCGUCGUCUCUUUACUAUGGGUCAAUUAUUGGCUCGACUUGCUGAAAGAGUGGAAACUAACAAGUUUACUGGCAUUGAGACGAAGGAAUGGUACAAGCACAACCCGCAAAAAUUGCACAAACCUGAUGCUGAAACCGAUAACCAGUACGUGUCUCAGCUGAAGCUUGUCGACGCCGUCACUGAAUGCUUGCUGCCCAACGAUAUCUUGGUGGUGGAAACGUGCUCGUUCCAGUUUGCCAUGCCUGACGUCAAGCUUCCUACAGGUGUCAAGUACAUCACUCAGGCUGUGUGGGGGCUGAUUGGUUAUGCUUUGCCCGCAACCUUAGGGGUGACUUUUGCUGUUAAUGAUAUGGGUUUAACUGACCGUCGUAUUUGGUUAUUGGAAGGUGAUGGUCUGGCUCAAAUGACGGUCCAGGAAUUGCUGACCUAUUUGCGUUACCACGAUAUCCUCAAGGUCAACCCCACUAUCUUUGUCAUUAACAACUCGGGCUACACUGUGGAAAGACUUAUUAACGGUCCUACUCGCUCCUACAACGAUAUCCAGUCGACCUGGCAAUGGAGCAAGUUGUUACAAGUGUUUGGCGAUGUUGACAAAAAAUACCACCACAGCUCGAAGGUGAAUAACGUGGCUGAGUUUGACCAGUGGUUUGCCAACGAAGAAUACGACGGCAAGUUGAAUGUCGUCGAUGUCACUGCGGGUAAGAUGGACGUAUCUGACCGCUUCUUAUCGCUUUUCCUCAAGAAGUAG